AUGAAGACCUCCCUCGCAUUCUUCAGCAUCAUCGCUCUGGCGGUUGCUAAGCCAACCGUCUACCUCAUCCGACAUGGCGAAAAACCAGACAGCGGCAAUGGACUGAACGCACAAGGAAUGCAGCGUGCCCAAUGCCUGCGAAAUGUCUUUGGGACAAGCUCAGGAUAUGACAUUGAAUAUAUUCUGACUCAAGACUACAAGUCCGAUGGCUCUCGCAAACGACCCUACGACACCGUCUACCCGCUGUCUCAAGAUUUGGGAUUGACCAUCGACCAUCACUGCGAUCGUGACGACCAAGACUGCGUGGCAGAUGCCGUUGAUGACUUUGAUGGCGAUGGCAACAUCCUUAUCUGCUGGGAGCAUGAUGCCCUUCACGACAUUGUGAAGGAAUUGGGCGACAAGGACGCCCCAGAUUAUCCAGAUGACCGCUUCGACAUUAUCUGGGUUGACCCACCGAAGUACAAGGAGAUUACGGACUCGUACAGCGAGAACUGCCCUGGUCUUGACAGCUAG